AUGGAAAGCUUGAAGGACGAAAAGUCACGCGACAACACCGUCGACAUCGACACCGAGGCUGCAGUCCCCAGAAGUCAUGCUGCCUGGUUCGGUGGCAACGGAGUCUACGUUGGCCCUCGCAUCGGUCCCGUCAUCAAUGGAAGCGCCUCCGAUUCCGACACGGAUGACAGUAGUUCUGCCAUCCUCAACAAGCAGCUUGCCCAAGAAGACGGAUGUGCCAUACAAUACCGCACCUGCAGCUGGCAGAAGACUGCCGCUCUGCUGUUCUCCGAGUAUAUCUGCCUUGCCAUAAUGAGCUUUCCAUGGUCCUAUAGUGUCCUUGGACUUGUGCCUGGCCUGAUCUUAACUGUUGUGGUUGCUGCCUUUGUCCUCUACACGUCUCUUGUGCUUUGGCAGUUCUGUCUGCGUCACCCCGAGGUUCGCGACGUGUGCGACAUUGGCCAGAUGCUGUUUUGGAACAAGAAGUGGGCCUGGUAUGCUACGGCUUUCAUGUUCUUGUUAAACAAUACUGGCCUCCAUGUGCUUGUUGGUGCUAAGUACCUGAACACCAUGACCGAGUCCGACAGCAUUGCCUGCCGCACCGUCAGCUUUGGAGUGGUCAUGUUUCUUCUCUGCUGGCUGUGCUCGCUGCCUCGGACCUUUAGCAUGUUGUCCAAGCUAGGAACUGCUUCUGCUCUGUUUACUUUCGUGUCUGUUCUGCUGGCCACCAUCUUUGCCGGCAUUGAGAAGCACCCUGCGGGCUACGACCCACGCCCAUCUUUCACUGCCGCUGAUGGCACGAAGGCCGUUGGGGGUAAUCCUAUCGUCACGGCCAUUCCUGUAGCCGGUACCACUUUUGUGGCUGGUCUCAAUGCCUUUAUGAACAUCAGCUACACGUUCAUCGGACAGAUCACCCUCCCCAGCUUUAUCGCCGAGAUGAAGAACCCCAGAGAAUUUCCCAAGGCACUAUGGGCCUGUACUAUUGCCGAAAUCAUCGUCUUCAGCAUAGUCGGCAGCGUUGUCUAUGCAUAUACCGGAAACCAGUAUAUGACCGCACCAGCCUUUGGUUCCCUGGAGCCGCUCUACAAGAAGGUCGCCUUCUCCUUUAUGAUUCCGACGCUUAUCUUCCUGGGCGUGCUCUAUGCCUCUGUGUCUGCUCGAUUUGUCUUUUUCCGAAUCUUUGACAACACUCGCCACAAGAGCGAGCACACUGUUCUUGGCUGGUCCGUCUGGGCCCUCAUUCUGCUGGCUACCUGGAUCCUUGCAUUUAUCAUUGCAGAAGUCAUUCCCUUUUUUUCGGAUCUUCUGUCGCUUAUGUCGUCCUUGUUCGACAGCUUUUUUGGUUUUAUUUUUUGGGGCGUGGCCUACCUACGCAUGCGCAAAGUUGACGGCGGCUUGGAUUUCGUCAAGGAACGGAAUGUCAGCGGAAUACUGCUCGCCGCUCUGAACGUUUUCAUCAUUUUGAUCGGCUUAUUUUUCCUCACUGCAGGAACGUAUGCAAGUGUACAGAGCAUCGUUGACGCGUUUGAUGCGGGUCAAGUAGGCGGCGUCUUUAGUUGUGCCAGCAAUGGACUGUAG